AUGUCAGGCCCUGGAAUCAAUGAUGACGCUGUGCCAUACACAAGCAUGGCCGGGAAGCUAGACCCAAAACUCCUCCAAGCCCUCAAGGUGAUGGAAUUCGAGUUCAUGACCCCAGUCCAACACCGUGUUUUGACUGAGCUCCCAACCUGGCGCAGUGACUGCCUCGUCCAGGCCAAGACCGGCACUGGCAAGACCCUGGCUUUCCUACUCCCUGCCCUGCACUGUCUCCUCCAAGGCCAGGCAACACCACCAAAGGGCCAGGUAGCCAUCCUGAUCAUCACCCCGACGCGAGAACUCGCCCAGCAAAUUGCCAAGUCAUGUGAUCAACUAACAUCGCAACUCACCACUCCUGUCAGAUGUGAUAUCGCCGUUGGUGGAACAAACAGGGCGCCUGCCUUUUCUCGAUUCAUGAAGCAGACUCCCUCUGUUCUUGUGGCCACUCCUGGACGUCUGAAGGAUUAUCUUUCCGAUGAGGACUCGGCGGAGAAGCUGUCUAACAUCCAAACUCUCGUUCUGGAUGAAGCCGAUACCAUGCUUGAGAGCGGAUUCAUCCAUGACGUGAAGCAGAUACUCAGACUUAUUCCCCCUAAGAGUGCUGGCUGGCAGGGAAUGUGUUUCUCGGCUACCGUCCCACCGAAGGUCAAGGAUGUGGUCAGCGUGGUCUUGAAGCCAGGCUAUACCAGUCUUUCCACCAUUGAAAAGAAUGAAGCACCAACGCACGAGAGAGUUCCCCAGUACCACGUGCUGAUGCCAUCCGUGUCGCAAACCUUCACCACCCUUGCCUCGCUUCUCAGCCUUGAAAUCAAGACCAGCUCCAAAAUCAUUGUCUUCGGUGUCACCGCCAACAUGGUUGCUCUCUUCGCAGCUGUCUUCUCCCAGGGCUUGACUCCCCUGAAGGUGUUCGAGAUCCACUCCAGGCUCAACCAGCGCGCACGCACAAGGACCACAGACGAAUUUAAGGAAGCCGAAGCUGGAAUCCUCUUCGCCUCAGAUGUCAUCGGUCGCGGUAUGGAUUUCCCCAACGUCGAUCUAGUCAUCCAAGUCGGCCUACCAUCCAACGGCGAGCAAUACGUCCACCGAGUCGGCCGUACCGCACGUGCCGGAAAUGACGGCCGCGCCAUCAUCCUCCUCACCCAAGGCGAGUCUUUCUUCAUGAACAACAACCGCCACCUGCCCAUCAAGCCUCACCCCGCUACCGAAGCCAUCAAUGCAGACGCAGACUCAUGCGCCGAGUCCGUCACCCAGGCCAUGUACAACAUCGACGAAGAGACCAAGCAACGCGCUUACUCAUCAUUCAUCGGUUUCUUCGCUGGAUCAGGUCUGAUGAGACAGCUCCGUCUUGACAAGCCCGGCCUUGUCCAACUCGCAAAUGAAAUGGCCAUGAACGCUAUGGCUUGCCCCGAGCCUCCCCAAUGGACAAGAAGGUCAUUGGCAAGAUGGGAUUAA